GUCCACUGGGAAGGGGGAUUAAAACCCUGACUCAACCCUGUAUUCUCUGGAAGGAUGCCUCUAUCUUCAGAAUGAGGUCGGGUCUCCUUGAGUGAUGUCUGGCCCCUUGUCAAUUUGAUCUUGUUUUUUGCAGAUCAACGAAGAUGAGCUUCCUUCCCAUCGGACUCCUUUAAGAAGGGGUUCUCUGACCACUGUGACGCUGACCAGCCUGAAGUGUUGCUAUGGAGACAGGGUCCAGCGUGGGGGGCGGAGGAGAAGGGUGUGCGAAGGGAGGACUAUGGAGACGCGAUUGCGCAGGCGCAGGCCCGAGAAGCCCUGUCGCAGCGGAACUGCUGAGAUACUAGCCCCGAGCACAGAGCAAGAGGCAGCUCCCCCAACCCCCAAGUUCCUCCAGGUGCUCUCGCUCGGCCCCGCCCCCCUGCACCUGCCCCGGAUGCCGCGUCACUCAGGCCUGCGUUAGGGACAAAGGGAUGGAACAGCUGGGCCUGUCCUGGAGAACAGAAACGUAAGCCCCCCUGUGGGUCCUCUGACAGUCCUGGGGAGGGGUCCUGGGGGAAGGCCACUAUGCCCCGCUAAGCAGCAGGCAGCCAGCCCGAGACCCUCCCCGCCUCCAGCCUUGCCAGAUUCACCUGAACUUGAACUCUCAGACUUCCAGGGUGGCUUCUAGGGUUAUUGGCAAAGUACACUGCAGCCUGCUUCGGGGUCCUUCCAGCCCAGAAAUUAGUACAGAGGGGGGCGGCACCAUGGCCUUGAGCCUUUUGCAGGACUGGUGCAGGGAGCUAAAUGUGGACGUGCACAAAGCCCUGCUGGUCACCGGCAUCCCGGAGGGCCUAGAACAGGUGGACAUUGAAGCAGUCCUGCAGCCAAACUUCCUGCCCCUGGGCACCUUCAAGCUGCGGAACGUGAGGGCCAUGAGAACGGAGAAGGCCAAAGCCGCACUGGUGGAGUUUGUGGAAGACACUAAUCAUGCCACCAUUCCCAGGGAGAUCCCGGGAACCGACGGGGUCUGGAAGGUUCUGUGUAUGGAGCGUGCGCAGGACGCAAGAGUCCUGAGGCAGAUGGAACGUCUGUUGCUGGAUGAAAGGGUCCCUGGGGAAAUGCCUACCCCUGCUGCUUUGGAGACCCAGGCCCAAGGUUCGGGGCAGGCUGGGCGGCCUUCUGGGGCAGCCAGGAAUGCUAGGAGGGGUCGUCGGGGUCGCAGAAACAGAGCCAGAGGCAACAGGUUGACCCGGAAGGGCACAAAGAGGGGUCGGGGAGGGCGUCCGUCCACUUCCGCAGGGAGCGAGUCAGAGGACUCUUCCGACGAGAGCCUGGGAAUUGUGAUCCGGGAGAUCCAGGAGGGAGACUUGAGCGGAGACGAGGAUCAGAGCGCGCUGUACGCGACGCUCCAGGCUGCAGCCAAGGAGCUCAUUAAGAAGUGGGCCCUCCAGAGCACGGAGGAUGAAGAAGAUGGUCCUCGGGAGUUCCUGGCCCUGGUCACCGUGACUGACAAAGCCAAGAAGGAGAAGGUAGUGAAAGAGACCCCUGAGGCUGAGUCUAUCAUCAAAGACAAGGCCGGCGUCCCCGACUUAGUGGCCCUACUGGCAGUGAGAGAUACCUCCGAUGAGGAGCUGCCGACAGACGGCGAGGCUUCAGAGAGUGACUCCCAGGACAAUGAGGACCAAGAAAAAGAGGAGAUGGACAAUCCCGAGUUUGUGGCCAUUGUGGCAUAUACGGACCCCUCGGAUCCCUGGGCCCAGGAAGAGAUGUUGAAAAUCGCUUCUGUGAUUGAGGCGCUGGGCUGGAGCGACGAGAAAGACGAAAAAGAUGCUCUUCCUCAGGUUUUGUCUGUCAUGUCCAAGGACACCUCCGGGACCCGCGUGAAGGUGGAGGCGGCGGGCCGCGAAGUGGACGCCAUGGUUCUGAGGAAGGCCCAAGACGACGGGAACCUUCUGGAAUGCAUUUCUACCUUAGCCAGAGAGGAGGAGCCAGAGAUCUCCUCCAAGGGGAAGAAGGCUCCGCGAGGCCUCCUUGGGGGCUGGGGUGAGGACGGUGAGGAUGAGGGGGGCCUCCUGGAGUUGGUGGCGCUCCUGGCCGCCCAGGACAUGGCCGAGGUGAUGAAGGAGGAGAAACCAAACCCCUGGGAAGGGGAGAGGUACAAAUAUGCCAAAGGCAAACUGGGGGAGGUCUUGGCUCUCCUGGCCGCCCGCGAGAAGGAGUUGGAGGAGGCUUCGGACGAAGCGUCUGAGGAGGAGUCGGAGGAGGCGGAGAGCGCGGAGUCAGAGCCGGAGGACGCGGCGUCCAGGAAGCCCCUGACCAAGAAGGCGCGCACGGCCCCCCGGGGCCCGGCUCAGGCCGGCGCGGCGACGGUCGCCGCCCCCGUCCAGUCCCGAGCUCAGAAAACCCGCGGGGUUGGCCGUGGCCGCGGCGUCACUCCCGAGAAGAAGGCCGGGAGCCGGCCCUCGGCCAAGGAAGACGCGGCGGGAAGCAAGAAGAAGAAAGGGGGCGCGGGUGCCGGGGCCCAGGGCCAGCCGCCCGCCAGCUCCAAGUCCGUGCGCGGAAGGAAGGCUCGUCGGGGUCAGAAGCUGCGCGCCAAAUGCCGCUAAGUGACUCCCAAAAAGGACGUCGCGGCUGCGAGCGGCCGGAGUGACUCCUUCCCUUCCCUCCCCACUCCCGCAGAGGCCAUCUCCCCCUGAACACAGGUGCUGGGCCGGGCCUGGGCGUCCUCUGGGUACAAGAGAUCCUGAUGGAAGAAACCCGACGACGGGAGAAGGAAAAGAGAAACGCGCCAGAGGCAGCGCCUGUGGGGCUGAGACGCUGGCUGGCGACCCGCUGAGUGCGCAUGGCUUUGAGGGCUCCAGUCGCUUCCUGGUGAGUGUGUCAGUGACACCUGGCACCUGAGGAGGUGAGCAGGGCCAGUGAGCUCUUUAUGGCUCUGUGGGGCCCCGAUCGUUCUGGACACUUGCUCCUGGCCAGUGGGUGUUGUCCCCCACCCGGACUGAUUGGGCCCAGGGUCUGUGUGGGGCAGGGGUGUCAGGGUGUAGCUGAGCCCUGAAGGUGGAAGCUUCCUGCCACUGAGAGGAGAUAAUUCCAGAAAGGAAAGCAGGACAGGCAGAGGGUAGCUGGGAGAAGGAGGAGGAAGAGAGGCAAGAGAGAGGAGGGGGAAGUCCUGCAAUGGCAGACCAGGAAUGGGGCAGGGGGGAAGGGCGGCGGAGGAGGAGGAAUCGGAAGACACACCAGCCCUGCCCCUGGAGGGGUCAGCUGAUACAAAUGACCCAGCCCAAGGCCAGGCCCACCUGCCCAUGUCCACACUCAGAUGGCAGUAUUUACCAAAAAUUCUGAUCAUUUGCCUAUGUGUUCAAUUUGGAGUAAUUGACAUAAAAAUCCAGAUUUCUGGGUCCUCUGGGCAGAGUGGACUGUGACCUCUUCCUAUAGGCUGUGUUUUCCCUGGAUCCCCACUUCUCAUGGGUCUGGCCUUGCAGCCCCUGAUUUAAGACAAUGAGGGUCUUGGGUUCACACUCUGUGUGAUUUAAAGGUCAGAGGGGACCCCUGACCUCUGCCCACAUGUGAGGGACAGAGGCUCUCAGGGCCAAUGUACAACUGGUCAGAGGGAGGGAACGUCCCCAUGGAGGAAGCUGCUGCUCUGCCCUGGCAUUUCCCAGAGUAAGCUGGAGGGCCUCAGCACCUGCUGUCCCAAGUGCAGAUGCUUUAGGGUUUGUUUUUUUUUAUGUGUGUGUGUGUGCAUGUGUGUAUGUGUUCAUGUUCAUGCUGUGCCCUGUGCUUCAGUCCUCCCUGCUGAGCUUGAUAUUGUCCCUAAAUAGUGAUCUCCCUUGGACACCUUACCCACACCCUUGGGUCCCUGGGUGGUAUGUGUGUUUCCUUGUCCAUCCCCAGAAGGUGAGGAGCCCAUUCAUUGUGCUAGAAGGGUUCUGCCCUUCCUAUUUCUCAGAAGGCCCAGGGGCCCUGGCUGGGUCCUCACAGCCCAGACUACACUGUCUGAGCCCCAUGUCAGGAACACCCAGGUGCAGAAGCAGGCUGUGGAUGCUUCUCUGUGCUUGGAAGCCUCCCCCAUCCUGGCGGCAGGGUUCUCCCUAAGCUCAUGGAGGAGGAGGGGUGUGCCUGGGACUGGGGAAGAAAACCCUCCCCACUAAGUGUUGUUGGAUGGCGGCCUGGCCCUGGGUCCAGCAGCCUCCGGUAUUGCCUGUGGGUGGGGAGAGCCUGAAUGUCACCUCUCCCCAGAGCAGUCGCAGGCUCCUCUCCUUGUGUACUAUGUCCCCUGCAUCCUCCAAUAAAGUUGAA